UGCUUCCGGGUCAAUGCAGGACACUGGGCUCCGGCGGCUGGAUUGGGGGACGAAGUGAAGAGGAGCCGGGCCGGGCCGGGCCGGCCGCCGGGGACCAGGCCGGAGGCUGAGCGGCGGCGGAGACGGCGGUGGCCGGGAGGGGGGAGGACAGGCGCAGCCGGAGGAGCCGCCGAGCAGCUCCCCCGCCUCCCCGGCUGAGGGAAUUUUAGGAAGGAAAGAUGGAUCAGCCUAGCGGAAGAAGCUUUAUGCAAGUAUUAUGUGAAAAAUACAGUCCAGAGAACUUUCCUUACCGCCGUGGUCCUGGGAUGGGAGUCCAUGUCCCAGCCACACCUCAGGGCUCUCCUAUGAAAGAUCGCCUCAAUCUCCCAAGUGUACUAGUGCUCAACAGCUGUGGAAUAACCUGUGCAGGAGACGAGAAAGAAAUUGCUGCCUUCUGUGCACAUGUCUCGGAGCUAGAUCUUUCUGACAACAAACUCGAAGACUGGCAUGAGGUCAGUAAAAUUGUAUCAAAUGUUCCCCAGUUGGAGUUUCUAAACCUGAGUUCCAACCCUUUGAAUUUAUCGGUUUUAGAAAGAACAUGUGCUGGGUCCUUCUCUGGGGUUCGCAAACUUGUCCUCAACAACAGCAAAGCUUCAUGGGAGACAGUCCAUACAAUCCUGCAGGAGUUACCAGAUUUGGAGGAGCUUUUCCUGUGCCUUAAUGACUAUGAAACAGUGUCUUGUCCUUCUAUUUGCUGUCAUUCUCUUAAACUACUACAUAUAACAGACAAUAACCUCCAAGACUGGACUGAAAUACGGAAGCUGGGAGUUAUGUUUCCUUCACUGGAUACCCUUGUAUUGGCCAACAAUCAUUUGAAUGCCAUUGAGGAGCCUGAUGAUUCAUUAGCCAGGUUGUUCCCCAAUCUGCGAUCCAUCAGCCUCCAUAAGUCAGGUUUGCAGUCCUGGGAAGACAUUGACAAACUAAAUUCAUUCCCCAAACUUGAAGAAGUAAGGUUGUUAGGAAUUCCUCUUCUGCAGCCAUAUACCACUGAGGAGCGAAGGAAACUGGUGGUAGCCAGAUUGCCUUCAGUUUCCAAACUUAAUGGCAGUGUUGUUACGGAUGGGGAACGAGAAGAUUCUGAAAGAUUUUUUAUUCGUUACUAUGUGGACGUUCCACAGGAAGAAGUGCCAUUCAGGAUGAAUUAUUCAUCAUUACUUAGAAUUUGGGUCUCUUUCAUCUUCACACUUGUACGGCACCAAGCUCAGCCCAGAGAGCUCAUGUAUCCAUUUUGGCAGAAUGACACCAAAACCCCUAAAGUAGACGAUGGAAGCUCAUCUGAGAUUAAGUUGGCCAUUCCAGUUUUCUUCUUUGGCGUUCCUUACCGCACUGUCUAUGUCAACAACAAUGGUGUGGUUUCCUUCAACGUGCUGGUGAGCCAGUUCACGCCAGAGUCCUUCCCCCUGACGGACGGGAGGGCCUUCAUCGCCCCAUUCUGGGCAGAUGUGCACAAUGGAAUCCGAGGCGAGAUCUAUUACAGAGAGACCAUGGAUCCUGUCAUCUUGAAACGAGCCACCAAGGACAUCAGGAAGUACUUCAAAGACAUGGCGACCUUCUCUGCCACUUGGGUUUUCAUUGUGACAUGGGAGGAAGUCACGUUUUAUGGAGGCAGCAGCACCACACCUGUGAACACCUUCCAGGCUGUCCUGGUGUCUGAUGGCUCCUAUACAUUCACACUCUUCAAUUACUAUGAAAUCAACUGGACCACUGGGACGGCAAGCGGCGGGGACCCACUGACAGGUCUUGGCGGAGUGAUGGCUCAGGCAGGAUUUAAUGGUGGAAACCUCACCAAUUUCUUCAGCCUUCCAGGGUCAAGAACCCCUGAGAUUGUGAAUAUCCAAGAGACCACAAACGUCAAUGUUCCAGGCCGCUGGGCAUUUAAAGUCGACGGGAAGGAAAUUGACCCAGCCAAUGGCUGCACUUCUAGGGGACAGUUCCUUCGGCGAGGGGAGGUGUUUUGGGAUGAUCUGAAUUGCACCAUCAAGUGCCGCUGUCUGGACUUCAACAAUGAGAUCUACUGCCAGGAGGCCUCCUGUAGCCCCUAUGAGGUGUGCGAACCCAAAGGCAAAUUCUUCUACUGCAGCCCAGUGGAGACCAGCACAUGCGUGGUGUUUGGGGAACCACACUACCACACCUUUGAUGGCUUCCUCUUCCACUUCCAAGGCUCCUGUGCCUACCUCCUGGCCCGGCAGUGUUUGCAGACUUCCACCCUUCCUUUCUUCAGUGUGGAGGCAAAGAAUGAACACCGUGGAGGCUCUGCAGUCUCCUGGGUGAAGGAACUCUCUGUGGAAGUGAACGGCUACAAGAUCCUCAUCCCCAAAGGGAGCUACGGGAAAGUCAAGGUUAAUGACCUAGUGACUUCUUUGCCCGUCACCUUAGACUUGGGGGCGGUGAAAAUCUACCCAAGUGGCAUGUCUACUGCUGUGGAAACAGAUUUUGGACUCUUAGUGACAUUUGAUGGCCAGCACUACGCAUCCAUUUCCAUCCCAGGAUCCUACAUAAACUCCACCUGUGGGCUCUGUGGGAACUACAAUAAAAACCCACUGGAUGACUUCCUCCGCCCAGACGGCAGGCCAGCCAUGUCUGUGCUGGAUCUGGGAGAGAGCUGGCGUGUCUACCAUGCUGACUGGAAAUGUGACUCAGGCUGCGUGGACAACUGCACCCAGUGCGAUGCCGCCACAGAAGCCCUCUACUUUGGCUCCGACUACUGUGGUUUCCUCAACAAGACAGAUGGCCCCCUGUGGGAGUGUGGCACCGUUGUGGACCCCACAGCCUUUGUACACAGCUGUGUUUAUGACCUGUGCAGUGUGAGGGACAAUGGCACACUUCUCUGUCAAGCCAUCCAAGCCUACGCACUUGUGUGCCAAGCCCUUGGCAUCCCAAUUGGAGACUGGCGAAUCCAGACUGGGUGUGUGUCUGCGGUGCAGUGCCCGAACUUCAGCCACUAUUCCGUGUGUACCAGCAGUUGUCCGGACACGUGCUCGGACCUGACAGCUUCUCAGAACUGCGCCACACCAUGCACAGAGGGCUGCGAGUGUAACGAGGGCUUCGUGCUCAGCACCAGUCAGUGUGUUCCACUGCACAAGUGCGGCUGUGACUUUGACGGCCACUACUAUUCCAUGGGGGAGUUCUUCUGGGCCACGGCCAACUGCACAGUGCAGUGCCUGUGUGAGGAAGGCGGGGACGUCUACUGCUUCAACAAGACCUGCCGCAGCGGGGAGGUGUGCGCGGUGGAGGACGGCUACCAGGGCUGCUUCCCGAAGCGGGAGACCGUGUGCUUGCUCAACCAGAACCAGGUGCUGCACACCUUUGACGGUGCCGCCUAUGCUUUUCCCUCCGAGUUUUCCUACACCCUCCUGAAGACCUGCCCGGAGCGACCAGACUACCUGGAGAUCGAUAUUAACAAGAAAAAACCUGAUGCAGGGCCUGCUUGGCUGCGAGGCCUCCGGAUCCUCGUGGCUGACCAGGAGGUCAAGAUUGGAGGAGUUGGGGCUUCGGAAGUCAAGUUAAAUGGUCAUGAAGUGGAAUUACCUUUUUUCCAUCCUUCUGGGAAGCUGGACAUUUACCGAAACAAGAACAGUACAACUGUAGAGUCCAAGGGCGUGGUGACAGUGCAGUAUUCAGACGUAGGCCUGUUGUACAUCCGGCUGUCCACCGCCUACUUCAACUGCACCGGGGGCUUGUGUGGCUUCUUCAACGCAAAUGCCAGUGAUGAGUUCUGCCUCCCUAAUGGCAAGUGCACAGACAACCUGGCAGUGUUCCUGGAAAGCUGGACAACUUUUGAGGAGAUUUGCAAUGGGGAGUGUGGGGACCUGUUGAAGGCCUGCAACAACGACUCAGAACUGCUCAAGUUCUAUCGGAGCCGCUCCAGGUGUGGCAUCAUCAACGACCCCUCCAACAGCUCCUUUCUGGAGUGCCACGGUGUGGUCAAUGUCACUGCCUACUACCGCACCUGCCUUUUCCGCCUCUGCCAGAGUGGAGGUAAUGAAUCAGAACUCUGUGACUCGGUGGCCCGGUACGCCAGCGCUUGCAAGAAUGCUGAUGUGGAAGUGGGCCCCUGGCGCACCUAUGACUUCUGUCCUCUCGAAUGUCCAGAGAACAGCCACUUUGAGGAGUGUAUGACAUGUACAGAGACCUGUGAAACCCUGGCCCUGGGGCCCAUCUGUGUGGACAGCUGCUCUGAGGGGUGUCAGUGUGACGAGGGCUAUGCCCUACAAGGCAACCAGUGUGUUCCCCGGAGUGAGUGUGGCUGCAGCUUUGAGGGGCACCAACUUGCUACCAAUGAGACUUUUUGGGUGGACCAGGACUGCCAGAUUUUCUGCUAUUGCAAUGGCACAGACAACAGUGUCCAUUGUGAGACCAUUCCCUGUAAGGAUGAUGAAUACUGCAUGGAAGGGGGCAGUCUGUACUACUGCCAGCCCCGCACUGAUGCCUCCUGCAUUGUCUCAGGCUAUGGACACUAUCUUACCUUUGAUGGAUACCCCUUUGACUUCCAGACCAGCUGCCCACUCAUCCUGUGCACCACAGGAAGCAGGCCAAGUUCAGACUCAUUCCCCAAAUUCAUGGUCACAGCGAAAAAUGAAGACCGAGACCCAUCAUUGGCAUUGUGGGUCAAGCAGGUGGAUGUGACUGUAUUUGGCUACAGCAUUGUGAUUCAUCGGGCCUACAAGCACACUGUGCUGGUCAACAAUGAACGGCUGUAUCUGCCCCUGAAGUUGGGACAAGGGAAGAUAAAUAUAUUUUCCUUUGGCUUCCAUGUGGUGGUGGAAACUGAUUUUGGUUUGAAGGUCGUGUACGACUGGAAGACCUUUCUUUCCAUCACUGUCCCUCGGAGCAUGCAGAACAGCACCUAUGGACUGUGCGGCCGCUACAAUGGCAACCCUGAAGAUGACCUGGAGAUGCCCAUGGGUCUACUUGCAUUGAGUGUCAACGAAUUUGGGCAGAGCUGGGUGAAGAGGGAUACCUUCUGCCAAGUGGGCUGUGGGGACCGUUGUCCGUCCUGCAAUAAGGUUGAAGGUUUCUCCAAGGUGCAACAACUGUGCAGCCUGAUUCCCAGCCAGAACGCUGGCUUCUCCAAGUGUCACAGCAAAGUCAACCCCACCUUCUUCUACAAGAACUGCCUGUUUGAUUCAUGUAUUGAUGGUGGUGCAGUUCAGACCGCCUGCAACUGGCUGCAGAACUAUGCCAGCACCUGCCAGACCCAGGGGAUCGCAGUGACUGGCUGGAGGAAUUACACAUCCUGCUUUGUCACCUGCCCUCCCAACAGCCAUUAUGAGAGCUGUGUGAGUGUCUGCCAGCCCCGCUGUGCCGCCAUCCGCCUGAAGAGUGACUGUAACCACUACUGCGUGGAAGGCUGUCAGUGUGAUGCUGGCUAUGUUCUGAAUGGCAAGAGCUGCAUCCUACCCCACAACUGUGGCUGCUACUCAGACGGCAAAUAUUACGAGCCCAAACAGCUGUUCUGGAACAGCGAUUGCACGCGUCGCUGCCGCUGCUUCCGACGCAACCUGAUCCAGUGCGACCCGCGCCAGUGCAAGUCAGACGAGGAGUGCGCCUUGCGCAAUGGAGUGCGCGGCUGCUUCAGCACCAAAACUUCCUACUGCUUGGCGGCAGGCGGCGGUGUCUUCCGCACCUUUGAUGGCGCCUUCCUCCGCUUCCCCGCCAACUGUGCCUUUGUGUUGUCCACCAUCUGCCAGAAGCUGCCGGACAUCUCCUUCCAGCUCAUCAUCAACUUCGACAAGUGGUCCUCUCCUAACCUCACCAUCAUUUCACCCAUCUAUUUCUACAUCAACGAAGAGCAGAUUCUUAUCAACGACCGCAGCACUGUCAAGGUGAAUGGCACACAAGUGAAUGUCCCAUUCAUAACUGGUCUGGCAACCAAAAUCUACAGCAGUGAGGGAUUUCUUGUAAUUGAUACCAGCCCUGACAUCCAGAUCUACUAUAAUGGUUUCAACGUCAUUAAAAUCAGCAUCAGUGAGAGGCUGCAGAAUAAAGUGUGUGGCCUCUGUGGCAACUUCAAUGGUGACCUAACAGAUGAUUAUGUGACCUUGCGAGGGAAGCCAGUGGUGAGCAGUGUGGUGCUGGCCCAGAGCUGGAAAACCAAUGGCAUGCAGAAGAGCUGCAACGAGCUACAGUUCUCCCAGUACGCAGCCACGUGUGACAACGUGCACAUCCAGCAGAUGCAGGGUGAUGGCUACUGCCUGAAGCUCACGGACAUGAAAGGCUUCUUCCAGCCCUGCUAUGGGCUCCUGGACCCCCUUCCCUUCUACGAGUCCUGCUACCUGGAUGGCUGCUACAACCACAACAAGUUCCAGCUGUGUGGCUCCCUGGCGGCCUACGGAGAGGCCUGCCGCGCCUUUGGGAUCCUUAGCACCGAGUGGAUUGAGAAGGAGAAUUGCUCAGGAGUGGUUGAAGAUCCCUGUGUGGGGGCAGACUGUCCCAACCGAACCUGUGAGCUGGACAAUGGAGGGGAGCUGUGUGGCUGCAUUGAACCACCGCCCUAUGGAAACAACUCACACGACAUCAUUGACGCAGAGGUGACCUGCAAGGCGGCCCAGAUGGAAGUGUCCAUAUCCAAGUGCAAACUCUUCCAGCUUGGCUUUGAGAGGGAGGGUGUGAGGAUCAAUGACAGGCAGUGCACCGGCAUUGAGGGUGAAGAUUUUAUCUCCUUUCAGAUCAACAACACCAAAGGGAAUUGUGGAAACAUUGUGCAGUCCAACGGCACUCAUAUCAUGUAUAAAAACACAAUCUGGAUUGAAAGUGCCAACAAUACUGGCAACAUCAUCACCAGGGACCGCACAAUCAAUGUGGAGUUUUCGUGUGCUUAUGAACUAGAUAUCAAGAUCUCCUUGGAUUCUGUUGUGAAGCCUAUGCUAAGUGUCAUUAACCUGACAGUUCCAACCCAAGAAGGUAGCUUCACCACCAAGAUGGCGCUCUACAAAAAUGCCUCUUACAAACAUCCUUACCGCCAGGGUGAGGUAGUGUUGACCACUAGAGAUGUGCUGUAUGUAGGGGUCUUUGUGGUUGGAGCUGACUCCACACAUUUAAUCCUCACGCUCAACAAAUGCUAUGCCACCCCCUCCCGUGACAGCAACGAUAAGCUCCGGUACUUCAUCAUUGAAGGAGGGUGUCAGAACAUUAAAGAUAACACCAUUGGCAUCGAGGAGAAUGGAGUCUCCCUAACCUGUCGCUUUCAUGUCACUGUCUUCAAGUUCAUUGGGGAUUACGAUGAGGUCCAUCUGCACUGUGCGGUGUCGCUCUGUGACUCAGAAAAGUACUCCUGUAAAAUCAAUUGCCCACAAAAUUCCAGGAUUGCCACAGAUUAUACAAAAGAACCCAAGGAACAGAUCAUUUCAGUGGGACCUAUUAGGAGAAAAAGGCUGGACUGGUGUGAGGACAACGGGGGCUGCGAACAGAUCUGCACGAGCCGUGUGGACGGACCCUUGUGUAGCUGUGUGACGGGAACGCUGCAGGAAGAUGGCAGGAGCUGCAGAGCUUCCAAUUCCUCAGCAGAACUUCCAGUUUGGACACUCCUUCUCAUCGUGACCCAAAUUUCAUUAUGGCACUUUGUCUACAAAUCAGGCACGACCUCAUAAUUAACUCAAGGUUGCUAUAUAAAGUACUGUAAUUUACUUACUUCAACCCUCUGUAGGAUAAAACGUGUGUACCCCUAAGUCAAAACCGAUUUGAAAGUGUCCAGCAUCUGAAAGGGAUGCCACUUGUUCCCAACAGCCAACAGUUUGAAAAUGAGUGAAAUUCACAGCUCCUCUCCCAAGGUAUACAACAGGGCUUUUAAAGAGCCAGUUGUGAAAAGCAUGUUACUUGCUGAAAAUUCAAAUAGUCAUCACUUAGAAACUUUGGUUCAUAUGAAAAAUCAUUAAAAGAAAAAAAAAAUCUAGUCAGACAGACAGAUGAGAAAUCUGAGCAGAAAAAUCUGUGUUGAGCCAGUGCCAUUUGGGGAUCAAAGCUUUUACAGACAGGGCUUGUUGGAGCAACUUGGAAAUGGUGAUUGGAAGAUCGGACUCCCUCUGGGGCUCUCGCUGCUGCUCGGCAGUGUUGCGCUGUGCUGUGCGUGAGCUGCUCUCCGCGGUUCGUGAUGAGCUCCUUCCCACCCACUGCGCCCUCCAACCUUGCCAUGCCAGCUUUGGCCAUUGUUUGCAGGCCAGUCUACCCCCUUACAAACCCCACCUGUCCUCUUUUUACAAAUCAACCAAAUAAUUUUUAAUGUGUUUUAUCUUUAAAUAAACUUUGUGUUCAAGUAUUGUCA